CGUAUACGUGCGCGUUCCUGAGUGCGCUCGGAACAAGUAGAGGACGACGAGGAUUCACCGACACCGAGGGCUUUCAGCAGUACUGUGUUUUCUUCUAGAAACAGGCCUGACAUUCCCUCUGUUACACAUUUAACAACAUUUCACCAUGAGAAGGAAGCUGUUCGGCGCAAUUUUAGCCCUUUGUAUCGGCUGGUUCCAAGCCGAGGCUUCUACAGCGGGCUUCAUAAAAUCACCCUUGUCUCAGAUGAAACUCAUAGAAGACAGUGCCGAGAUGGAUUGUGAGGUCAUAGGGAACCCCAUCCCUGAAGUUCAGUGGUGGUUCAUUGAGGGCGAGGAGCCAGAUGAAACUGUCUCUCAGCUGUUUGACGGUGCAAGAGAGGAUCGUGUACGCAUCAACGCCACCUAUAUUCACCAUGCCACCAGCACGCUCGUCCUUACCAACCUAAUGCUCAACGACACGGGCAUUUACGAGUGCCGCGCCUCAAACGACCCUGACCGCAACGACCUCAGGACCCCGCCCAAAGUCAAGUGGAUUCGCUCCCAAGCAAACGUUAUAGUAUUUGAACAACCAAACAUUAUAACCAGUCCGACGGUGGGCAGCAAUCUGACUUCUGCAACUCUCAGCUGCAACAUUACCAACCCUCCUUCUCCCAUCAAAGGCCACUACUGGGUCAGGAAUGGCAAGACCAUUGAAAAAUCAGAGUCAACCAGUGGCGAGACUUACACUGAAUACCGCAUUGAAAAGAUUGAUUACCACCAUGCUGGACUAUAUGUAUGCGUCUUCCGGUCAGAGCCUCCGGCUAAUGAAACCAUUGAAAUUAAAGCUCCCCCACAUGUUGCGGCCUACAAACACUCUGAAAAUGCUAAUGAGAAGGACAAGGCUGCCCUAGUAUGUGUGAGCCAUGGAUACCCCCUGCCUUCUGAUUGGACUUGGUACAAGCUCAGUGAAGGUGGAAAGGAACCCAUUAUCAAUGGCACUGACAAGUAUGAGAUCAAAAACACUCCCAACAAGACCACACUGUACGUGAAAGAUCUGAACAUUGAAGAGGAUAUGGGCACCUAUGAGUGCCUUGGCACCAGUGAUGCUGGAGAAGCCCGUGCUGAGAUUCAACUGCGUGUGCGCAGCCAGCUUGCCGCCCUGUGGCCAUUCCUCGGUAUUGUCGCUGAGGUCAUCAUCCUCGUCACCAUCAUCUUCAUCUACGAGAAGAAGAGAAAGCCUGACGAGAUCACUGACGAUGAUGACUCAGGAGCUGCACCACUGAAGAGCAACGCAGCUACGAACCACAAAGACAAAAACGUCCGGCAAAGAAACUCCAACUGAGAAGAGGAGAAAAGGUGUCUUGAUGACUACUGCUGAAGACAUGCAGAGUAUUUUGGUUUGAGUAGCACAUUAUAGUGCACCCGGCGGUUCCUUAACCUUCUGCUUGAGUGUAAAUGUCUUGAGAUAUAAAUUAGUCUCCUUUUACUUUUAUUGGUAUCUGUAAUGUGCUGCCAGCAGAUGUUUUUAAAGUGGUUCUGUGGGGGAAGGGGGGAAAUUGCAUGAUUGUAUCCGUGCUGUAGAAGUGUGUUUAGUAAAAAUCUUAUUAUGUGGGGGUUUUUUUUUCCAUCUUCCUGGCUUUCACCGUCACCUCUACCAAGUGUGAGAUCAGAUCAUUGUUUAUCAGCAUGAUUAUUUAAUGAGUGUACUGAAACAACCAUUUUCUUUGGCAGUCAUUUCCCUUCUUGCAAGCCUUAAUGUUCAACCACUUUAUUGUACAUGCUGUUUUUAAUUAUUCAAAUAAUUUAAAUUAACAACUUUUAUGUGCAGCACUCUGCAUAUGAAAGUGCACUGUACCAUGUGGAUGGUCAAAUGACGCUUUAUUUUGUCUGGCUAACAAUUUUUCCGUUUAAUGUCUAACAAGCUUAUUUUCGAGUCGCUUGGAUGGUUUCCGAUGUAGAAUUUUUGGGUUCCUCCUGCCAUUUAAACCCAUAAGGACCAAGUGCUUGUGCAGUGUUCCUCGGAUAAUCCGUUAUAAAUUGUUUCCCAAAUUCUAACAUGGAGGACAAUGACAUGGUUAUUCAUUUCUAGGUUAAGUCAGUGAAGUUGGGAUUUUAGUCGAGGCUUGUUUCGUUGCUUAAAUGAUACUUUCCUAUAGACGUAAUACUUGCAUUGUAAUACAUUGUGAAGUAUAGUGUCUGGAUGUGCCAUUUCCAAAUUAAGAGAUACGUAAAAUUUAAGACCUAAUGGAAGUGUAUAAAUUAUUUUGCCUUAGCUUCGUAGGAAAUACACUGUCUAAUGUACUGACUUGCACAAUCUGAAUAAAGAUUUGAUUUUAACUGUC